AUGCAUGGCACUGAUCCGACAGCCGAUCUCAUGACGACCGUUCUAAUCCGCCCAGACCGACAUAACCUCAUUGCAGCUUUUCUGCAUUUUGCCCCGUCCAGUGACCUCACGCCCUACCUUGGCGCCCUCAUCUUCCCUCCAUAUUCCAAUUACAAUCCAGUCAAACGUCAAAAAAUAGACCAUAACUCUUUCUGUGUAUGCUUUAGGGGAAUUCGCGCUGCUCUCUUUCUCUGUUCCUUGUUUUUUUCAACAGAAUGA